CCUUUUCAAUUAACAAGCAUGAGUCAUAAAAUAUAACUCGCAAACGAUUUACGACAGCACCAUAUUGUAUCUUAUGUCAAUAUCAUGUGUUGCAAAUCGUUUACAAAUAGACUGGAUUUUAUAGCUAUAGUUUUUUUAACAUGUUUUUCUGUUUUUUAUUUUUCUGUACGUCGCUACAAAGAUGUGCUAAAUUUAGAAGACAACGACGAUCAGCCUUCUCAUGUGAAUAACAGCUAUACCACCAAGGCACCUAGCUCGGAAAGCACAAAUCGAAUCGAAGACAAUGACUCUGUUGAUAUUGUAUAUACUUGGGUAAAUGGAUCGGAUGAACGGUUUAAGCAUGACCUGGAAACGUUUCUAAAAGUUCUCAACAGAAAGCAAGGAGAUGUAUUGGUACUCAACAGGUAUUUUGACUUUGGACCUCUUAAAUAUUCACUCAGAUCAGUUGAACAAAAUGCUAACUGGAUAAGAAAGAUUUUCUUAGUUACAAAUGGACAAAUACCCAGCUGGCUGAGACUUGACAACCCCCGAUUGACACUAGUUACACAUGAGGAAAUAUUUCAAAACAAAAAUGACCUACCAACGUUCGCUUCUCAGGCAGUAGAGUGUCACCUCCAUAGGAUAAAAGGACUUUCUAAGAAGUUCAUAUACAUGUCCAACGAUAUCAUAUUUACAUCAGCAGUUGUGUUAGAAGAUUUUGUGACACAAUCUGGAGAAGUUAAGGUACGGUUUUAUAAAGGUGGUCUUAAACGUUGUAAUAAAAAGUGUCCACCAGAAAGAGUCAACAAUAGAAAAUGCGACCAGAUAUGUUAUACAGAGAGUUGUGAAUGGGAUGGUGACGACUGUAUUGGUAAAGACGUUGAUCCUUACUCAAAAAGUGACCAGAAUUUUAUGUUUGACGCUUGGAAAGGAUCUAUACUGCACACAUAUUUUCUGUUCAAUAAAGCCUUUGGGCCUAGAAGUAGACAAAUACCAAACAGCGGCCCGCAUUUAUUUGAUAAAGAUAUUUUGCGUCAACUAAACGAAAGAUUUCCAGAUGAAUGGAAAAGCACCUCGUCACAAAAACUUCGUCAUCAUUUAACAGUCAACUUGCAGUUUGCAUAUUAUAACUUCUUGGUGGAUGCUAUAAUGCGAGGCAUUAGUGGUAUAAGAACACGCACAAUAGAGCCAACUAAAUGCUGUGAAAUGGAAAUGCUUGCAAUUGACAAUAGAGAAGAUGAUCUUUGGAAACAGCAAUUAUUAAAUACUAAUAGAUCAAAAAAACUACAAAAGCCGAAGUAUCUCAUUGUGACAGGUAACUUUACCAGACCGUUGAAUAGUCAGCGGAUAAACGACAUAAAACGUGACCUAGAGAAUUUCUUUGAAAAGAUGUUUCCAAAACCGUCAACGUUUGAAAGAAAGAUUUAGGACCAGCUUAAAAUCAACAGUAGAUGAACAUUUCGAGGAAACAUGUUCACAACAAGUUUUCUAAAACUUGAUAUUGUUCUUUGAAUAAUCCUCAGAUCUAUGGAAAACAUUCCAAGAGAAAGUUUAGGAAUAUUGAGCAAUUUAGUCUAAAAGUCCACUAAUAUUCUUUCAUGAUUUAACUUGCUAUAUACAGUACCACCGAUAUAUAAUUAUAAACAUUACAUUCAAGAUAAAAUGUAUUAUAUUAACGCACAAUUAAACAUACUCUUGACUCAGUUUUAGCAAUUUACUGGAGAAAUGCUUUUUUCGGCAUUAGAAACUUAAUAAGGACAUCAGCAUAGUACUACUCGAAUAAACAUACCGUAGACUGAAUGAUUUUCGCAUAGGCUUUAUUUAGCAACUUAAUGAUUUUCAGCCUUAUUCGCGAUGUAAAGAAUUCGCAAAGGGUUUUACAACGUGAGGCACAUUUGUAUUUACUAAUAUUUCCAAUGGGCUAGUGUCAUUAUUCGCAAAUAUUUUUGAUUCGCGAGAAGCAUUAUUCGCAAAUAUUUUUGAUUCGCUAGAAGCAUUAUUCACGAAUAUUUUUAAUUCGCGAGUAGCAUUAUUCACGAAUAUUUUUAAUUCUCGAGUGUCGUUAUUCACAAAUAUUUUCAAUUCUCGAGUGCCGUUAUUCACGAAUAUUCUUAAUUCUCGAGUGCCGUUAUUCAUUAAUAUUUUUAAUUAUCGAGUGCCGCUAUUCACAAAAUUCUUAAUUCUCGAGUGCCAUUAUUCACAAAUAUUUUUAAUUCUUUAGUGCAAUUAUUCCCGAAUAUUUUUAAUUCUCGAGUGCCAUUAUUCGCGCAUAUUAGCCAUUUAUAAAAUAAUCAUGAACACAACCCAGUAUAUAAUAAAGUAUCUAAAUCACCACUUAGAAUUUAUUGACAUAAUAUUUGUAUUUUUCUGAAUGAAGAAACAUGAUCAGUUAUUUAAUUGCGAAAUAUACACAUGUUGUUUAUUAGCAACAUAUGGUGUAAAUUGAUUUGUAAACUAUUGUUUGAUACAACUUUUCCAUUAAAAGAUGACAAUCGA